AUGGUUUGGGGUGCUUUCUGUGGCAAUGGACGUUCUCGACUUCUUGUCAUCAGUGACAACCUCAACGCUGCUGCAUACCGCAACCAGGUGCUGGCCCAGGAAGCUGUGCUCUUCAUGGCAGCUCAUGCCUUGAAAUGCAUUUGCUGGUUUGAGUUCAAUCAAGUUAAAACUUUUGCAAUUGAUGAGCUACCAGUGGGCUUUGUUUGCUCCUCUUACGGACAGCUCAUGGUUAAUCCGUCCAACUUGGCGCUCAGAGUCCAUGCUGUUGAUUGGUGUCAUGUUCUUCUUGUGAUUGGCCUGAUGCCAGACAACAUCACAUUUACGAACACAUACCGCAAGAAUACCACUGUGAUGUGGGAUCAAGCCAGUGACUUUGAUGGACUCUCAGGAUACAAGAUAUCGUGGUCACCAGACGACGGCACUAAGAACGAGGCCAGUUCACAGAGAUCAUCGAAUAUCACAAAUCUGAACCCAGGAGUGACGUACACAGUGACCGUUACAGCGAUCAUUGAUGCAAAUAGCGGGAAUAAGCAAAUUGGUGCUUCAGCAAAGGUGACAACAAUACAAACCCUCACGGGAUCGUGUUUAGCACCAGUACUCUGUGGACGUCAACAUUAUUUCGCUGAAUGUGUUGGAGGAGCUUGUCGGUGUAUUUAUAAAAAAUACAGAAAUAGUGAUGGAAACUGUCAUGAAGUGGACGAGUUGAUACCAACUUCUUUUAAUGUCAGCAAAGUGUUAUCAUGGAGUGCAGAGUUUGCAUGGACAGUGUCAGAAUACGUUACUCAAGCACCCAAUUCUACCAUCCAGUACAGUGUGACUGUCAGUCUUAAUGCCCAGUUAAUUUCUACAUCUGAUACAUCAACAGUCAACGGACUGACUGCUGGACAGUCAUAUUCUGCUACAAUUGUGACAACACUUCAACAAGACGGGAAACAGCAAAUUAUUACCAGCACUGAAAAGGCGUCAUUCUCGACUAAUAAGAUUGGCAACAAUAUGACAUGCAAAUCUGGAGACGGAUGCUCUGAUGGCAAUGCCUACUGCAAUAUUACAGAUCCUGAACGAUGUCGUUGUAACCAGGGAUAUUUCUGGAGUGGAAACCCGCUUCUGUGUAAACCAGGUACGUCAACAUGA